AUGGGUCGAGAGAGACACAACAAGAAGAGCGUUCGUCCACCCCUCCUCUUUCAUCGCGAGUACGAGGAACCUCAUGGCUAUCUCAGCCAGUGGUUCAUCUCGUCAUUCACACAUCCUUUGACGAAUCAUACAUACAACUGCGCAGAGCAAUACAUGAUGCAUCAGAAAGCAGUCUCUCGCGGCGAUCAAGCAACGGCUGCAGACAUCCUCAGAACUCCAUAUCCCAAAGAGCAGAAAGACCUCGGUCGGGGUAUCGCCGAUUGGGAUGAUGCCGCGUGGGAUGAAAUUAAAGAGAAAGUUGUCGAAGAAGGAAGUUAUCUGAAGUUCUCGCAGAAUAAGGAGUUGAGGGACAGGUUGUUGACGACCGGGGAUAGGGAGCUGGUGGAGGCGAGUGCAAGUGAUCGAGUCUGGGGCGUUGGAUUCAAUGCCAAAUCAGCGUUGUCGAAGAGAGAAGAGUGGGGUGCGAAUCUGUUGGGCAAGUGCUUGAUGAAGGCUAGAGAGAGGAUCAGGAAGGAAGAGGAAGAGGGAAGGUCCACAAGAUAA